AUGUCUACUGCAUUUAAUGGAGUUGCACUCACAACUGAAAACGAGUAGCAAAUUCAAGUUGUAGAUAAAUUUUUAGAUAAUCUUCAUAAUAAGCAUGGUGUCGAUAUAUCUUUUAGCAACAUUAACUAUAGCAUAAAUACAAAAAGUGGUAAAAGAAAGAUUUUGAAUAAUCUUUCAGGUGUGUGCAAAAGCGGUACAGUGACAGCUAUCUUAGGACCUAGUGGAGGUGGUAAGACAUCAUUGUUAAAUGUUUUGUCUAGAAAAAUCAAAGCCAAUAAGUAGGUAGAACUAUCUGGAGAUGUUAUGGCAAAUGGAUAAACAUUUAGUAAUCAGUAGUUUGCCUAAUUUAGUGGUUAUGUUAUGCAAAAUGAUAUUCUGUUCGAAACUUUAACAGUAAAAGAAUGCCUUCAUUUUGCUGCUGACCUUAAAUUAGAAGGCGAUUAACAUUCAAAAAAUCAUAGAGUCAAAGAGAUGAUCCAUUAACUCAAGCUUGAAAAGUGUUAGAAUACACAAAUUGGCGGACACUUUGUGAGAGGUAUUUCGGGAGGAGAGAGGAAAAGAGUUAAUAUUGGUUAAGAGCUUAUCACUAAUCCUUCAGUCCUUUUCUUAGAUGAGCCUACCAGUGGUUUGGAUUCAUUUACCGCCUAUAUUGUGUGCAGCAUUUUGAAAGAUUUUGCUAAAUAACACAACAAAACAGUUAUUAUGAGUAUCCAUUAGCCUAAUACUGAUAUAUGGAAUCUCUUCGAUCAAGUCUUUCUUUUAAUAUAGGGUAAUUACGUAUAUCAAGGGCCUGUCUCAGAGGCUAUUAGUUAUUUUAGUUCUUUGGGAUUAGUUUGCCCUGUUCACUAAUGUCCUCCUGAUUUCUUUAUGUCUUACAUGACCGCAGGAGAAAGAAAUGAAAAAUUGCAUCCCAAUCUUAUCGAAAAUUAUAAAAAUGUGUUAGCAUAUAAAACUCUAGCUUCACUCUAAACAGUGAGAACCGAUCAAAUAGAAUAUUCAUCACUUUAAACCUCCUUUUGGUAUUAAAUUAAAAAGGUAGCUUCGCGUAACUUAAAGCAGUUGAGAAGAAACCCCCUUAUGGUUCGUUCUCGUUUGGUUUAAACAAUAUUUAUGUCUCUAUUUAUAGGUUUAGUUUAUUUAGAUUAGCCAACCUUACAUAAAAACAGUAGCGUAUAAGAAGCAUAUAAUCGUAAAGGUGUUUUAUUCACUGCUUGUAUGGCUAACUUUAUGGCUUCUCAAAUGGGUGUAGUCCUUAAUUUCCCUUUAGAAAAACCUGUAUUCUUAAGAGAAGAAAAUACAAAAUAUUACUCUACUUUUAGUUAUUUAAUUGGUAAAUUGUGUUUUGAAUGGCUGCUUCUCUUUAUCUUCCCAAUUAUAUAUUCUUCAAUAAUGUAUUUUAUGGUUGGUCUAAACGAUUCUUCAGCUGAUCACUUCUUCUUCUUUGUGCUUAUAUGCAUAUUGAUGGGUUACUGUGGUGCUUCUCUUGGUCUUAUUUCUGGUAGUGCUUUUAAUAGCAUACGUACGAUUACUGCAGUUUAACCAUUGUUCAUGCUUCCUUUUGUUUUAUUUAGUGGUUUCUUUAAAAACAGAAAAGAUUUUGCAGCUUGGAUUGGUUGGAUUGAAUUUCUUUCACCAUUUAAAUAUGGUUUGGAAGCACUUGUAACAAACGAAUUUGAAAAUUUAGAUAGUCCUGUAGAUAUGAUAGCCAUAAAUGACUAUACUAUUGGUAAAUGGAACUGUGCAUUAAUAGUAUUUGGAUUUUUCGUUGGUUUUGUUAUCAUAGCAUCUCUAACUUUACAUGCUAAAAGAGGUACUUUAUAAUGA